AUGUAAAUAGAAGCUGAAGGUAACAUAAAUAUCCAAGAGAUUUAUGAAUCAAUUAUAAGCUAAUAAUUUAAUAUUACAAUAUUGAGAUAGUGGGAGAAGGAAUGGUUAUUAGAGAAUUAUUUAUUUCCUUACAUAAAGAAUAAUGAUGAGUAUUUUAUGCAUAAUAAUUAGAUUAUCAAAAGAGGUUGUAUUUACAACGAUUGCAAUUUUAAAUUUAAAAUAAUUGGAGUAAAUAAACAUCUAAGACUGUCUUUAAGAUUAGGAGAUCCUUUUGAAGAUAUUUAAUUACAUAACAAAAGGGUUACCAGAUAUUAAAUCUUUAUAAUUAGAGGAAAAAUAAUAAAUGUAUACAUUUUUGAUGUAAUUGUUUUGUAUGCCAGAAACUGAGUUUGUAUAAAAAGAGUGUUACAAAUAUUUGUCAUCUGCAUUAUUAUUAAGUUCAAACAAAAUAGUAUAAAAAAUAAUAAUAAUUAAUAUAGUUUUUAAAAUGGCAUUUUUUGAGAUAUCCAAAGAUGGUACAAUCAUAUAUGGGAGCUUUAAAGAUUUAAGGAGGUGGUUAGAAACCUGAAUCUUUGUUCAUACCUAAUUUAGUUUAGGAUAUGAUUUAAAUAAUUUUUAAAUAUCCAAUUAGUGAGGAAAAUUGUAAAGAAAAUGAAGAGUUAAUUUAAAUAGAAUCUCAAAAUUAAUUUAGAACAUUUUUAGAAAGAAAUUCAGCACCACUUCCAACUCCAAAACACAUUAUAAAAGCAUAGAAUGAAAAACUAUUAUAUAGAAAAGUGACAUAAAUAUAGAUGAGAUAUUUGAAAUGUAUUGAGAAAUUUGUAGAUUUUAUGAUUUUGUUAUUAAGUUCAAUUCCAACAAGAAAGUUUUUAAAAAUAUAUUUACUUUCAACUAAUAUAUUGCCAUAUUUGAAAUGUACAUUACCUUAAUAUCAUUCUUGUGUUUUAUAAACAUUAGUAUAGUCAUUUGAACAUUAUUUAACAUAUCCAAUAAAUGAUUAAGAUGGAGAAAUAUUAUCUUUAAAAGAUUAAUAAGUAAUGUAGAAGGAUUUCUUAAAAAAAUUAUAGACAGUGCUUUAUAAAUAAUUUAAGUUUAUGGUGUAAUAGAAAGAAUUGGAAGAAUAUUAAUUUAUAAAGAAUUUAAGAAGAUCAGAAAUAGAAAAGUUAUUUUCGAUGAUGAUAUUAGUAUUUCCAGUUGAUUUACCACCAAAAUUGUAUGAACCAGGAAAGAAUUUUGAUUUUUUGAUUUAAGAAGUAAUGAAGGCUGCUGCUCCUCCACCUUAUUUAAAUCAUUAUUUAAAAGAUACUCCAAUAAUACCUAAUGAAUAAAUGAUAUGGGAUUAUAAACAUAUUCCUGAAGAAUCAAAGAGUGGAGUAUUAAAAUAAGUAUUGGCAUUACCUAAAUUAAAUCUUUAAUUUUUAUGUUUUGAAGAUUAUUUAGAAAGAAAUUAUAAGUUGUUUAAACUUGAAAGUGCAUUUGAUUUAAGAAAGGAUUUUGAAGAUACUAUAAUAAGAAUGGAUCCAUAAUUUGAUUAAAAUGGUGCUUUUAUUUAUUUUAGUGGAUGGGCUAAGGCAGCAACUGAAGUUAUAAAAUUUAGAAUUCAUGAAGUAUAAACUCCUGAAAUAGGAAAGAGAAUUCCUAGAAGAGUUUAUGGAGAAAUUUAAUAUUCAGUUGAAAAGAUGGCUUAGAAUGUAAGAAAAGAUUGGGAUAGUUUAAAAAAACAUUAAGUUGUAUUUUUAAUAAGUUUUAGAAAAGAAAUAGAUAUGUAAGAAUUUUAAACUGAAUUAAAUGAAAGAUAAAAUCUUAUAGAUUAAAUUGAAGAGAAUGAAGGAUGUAAACUCUUUUGUGAAAAAUAUGGAAUAAGAGCUAUAAGAGGUGCUGAAAUAGAAUUAGUAUAUGAUGAAAGAAGAAGAGAAAUUUUAGAUUGGGAAGAACCUGAUCCUUCUAAAAAGUUUUAAGGAAAUUUAAGAAUUCUUCAUGUAUUUUUAGAUUAAGCAUAAUAUUAGGAUGAUAUUGAUUGUAUAAGAUUAAAUUUAAUUAUUUUUAGCUGGCAUUAAUGCAGAAGGAGAAAUCUAUGGUAAUUUUAAACUUUUAGUUAAAAGAAAUCCAAAAGAAAAUAACUUUAAGGCAAUUCUUGGAUCCAUUUAAUAAGUUAUUUUACAAAAGCCCAAACUACCAAAGUUUUUAGAUGAAAUACUUUUGGGUUAUGGAGUAGAAGAUAUUUCUUCAUCUUAAUAUUAUAUGAAAAAUCAUACAAAUAGUUUAAAUUUUAAUCUUCAAGAUACUAUUAUUGAUUAAUAACAUUAUAUUGAUGUAAUAUAAUCAAAUUCUUUUAUUCCAGAAGAAUUAAAAUCUAAAUUGAAUUAUGGUAAUAUAAAUAUUCCAAAAAGAAUUUCCAAUAAUAUAAGAUUCACUAAACCUUAAAUUAAUGCAAUAAUAUCUGCUAUGUAUCAUGGAUUAACAUUAGUUGUGGGACCUCCAGGAACUGGAAAAACAGAUGUAACUGUUUAAAUUGUUAAUUUACUCUAUAAAAAUUUCCCAAAUGAAAAAACGCUUUUAAUUACUCAUUCUAAUCAUGCUUUAAAUGAUAUUUUUUAAAAAAUAUCAAAAAUGGAUGUAGCUGAGAAACAUAUGCUAAGAUUAGGUAUAGGAGUUAAGGAUUUGAAAUUAAGUAAAACAUUUUCAAGAGAAGGCAGAAUUGAUCAUAUGUUAACUAGAAGAUUGCAAUUAUUAGAAAUAGUUGGAUAAUUAUAAAAAAGUUUGAAAAUUAUGUUUUCAGAGGAAUAUUCUUGUGAAGUCUCAGAAUUAUUUUUUAAAUUACAUAUACAAAGAUUAUGGAAUGAUUAUUAAGAAAAAAUUUAAUAAGAUCCUAAUGUGAGUUUUCCUUUUAAUGCUUUUGUUGAAUUAAAUCCAUAACUUUUUGAAAAAGCUGAAACAAAAGAAGAUUAAUAUAAAAUUAUUGAAGACAUAUUUGAAUAGGUUAGAGAAUGUAGACCAUUUGAGUUAUUAAGAAAUAAAAAGGAAAGAGGAAAUUAUAUUAUAUGUCAUUAAGCUAAAAUUAUUGCAAUGACUUGUACUCAUGCUGCUCUUAAAAGAAAUAAUUUCUGUGAUUAAGAUUUUUAAUAUGAUAAUAUAGUAUUUGAAGAAGCUGGAUAGAUAUUAGAAAUUGAAGCUUUCUUACCAUUAACUAUGUCUUUAACAGGAAAGGUAAAAAGAUUAAUAAUGAUUGGAGAUCAUAAUCAAUUACCUCCUGUUAUUAAGAAUGUAAGUUUCUAAAAGUUAGCAAAUAUGGAAUAAUCCUUUUUUAUCAGAAUGAUUAGAUUAGGUGUAUUUUAUCAUCAACUUACAGAUCAAGGUAGAACAAGAUAAGAAAUAAUGAAACUUUAUUCUUGGAAAUACAAAUAAUUAAAUUCUUUAUAAAGUUGUUAACCUAAUUAAGAUAAUCAAUUUGGAUAUGCAAAUGCUGGAUUUAGUAAAACAUUUUAAUUUAUUGAUGUUGAUUAUAGAGGAGUUUAUGAAAAUAAACCAAUGCCAUACUUUUAUUAAAAUAUCGUUGAGGCAGAAUUUAUUGUUGCUACGUAAUGAUUCUUAAUAUUUUAUUUAGCUACAUGUAUUUAGUUUUGAAAGGUUAUGAUCCAAAAUAAAUCACUAUCUUAACAACUUAUAAUGGUCAAAAAAUGCUUAUUAAAGAUAUUAUCACUAGAAAAUGUUCAUGGCAUUCACUUUUUAGAACUCCAGAAAAGAUAACUACUGUUGAUAAAUUUCAAGGAUAAUAAAAUGAUAUCAUCUUAAUUUCAAUGGUUAGAACAUCUCACCCUGGAUAUUUAAGAGAUAUUAGAAGAAUUAUAGUAGAUAUUUAUUUAUAUUUUAUAGGUUGCUUUUUCAAGAGCUAAAUUCGGUCUUUAUAUUUUUGGACAUCUGUCAAUAUUUAAUAAAGUGCCUGAAUUAUAAAACUCAUUCUCAUAAUUCAUAUCUGAACCAUUGCAUCUAUUACCUAAUGAAACUUAUAAAACUUUAAGGGCUCAUGAUGAUUAUUAGUUAGAAUAAUCUUAAAGUGUUAAUCAUCCUGAUCAGAUGUAUGAAAUUAUUAAGACAUAAUUAAUUCAAAGAUAAAGACAAAGUUCCAAUGUUGAAACUCUUUCAUUAAUACAAUAACAAUAAGAAUCUUAGAGUUAAUGA